UGCAAGAGGCCGGCGUCAGCAGUCAUAGUGCGUCUCCCAUAUUCUGCACCCAUCGCCGCUACCUAAAGGGUACGCGAAGCUGGCCGAGCAAGCCUUUCUCAUCACCUACGUGAGGCUUGCCAGGCUCGCUUCGGCCUCUUCCACCAACUCACUUCCAAAGCAUGCCACCCAGGAAAACGGGUCGGUCAGUCGCUUCAGCCGCCGGCCCAAGACGUACCCUUCCGAAACGCGCUGGCAGGCAGACCGGUUCUUCAGCUGGCAAUGAUGCCCAGUCUGAGGCUUCCACCUCAUCGCAAACCAUCGAAGGAAUGGGCUCUGGGCGCAAAAGCAAAUCGAGCAGCGCCACCAACCGCAGACACCCCGUGCCGGGACGAGGGAAUAAUGGCGAACGAGUGACUCGAAGCAGUGGGGCCAGGCUCACAAACGGGCUCGAGGACCCCGCCCAAGUGGAGAAGGAGCUCAAUGCACAGCUACGCAACAUGCGAUUGUAUGCGGUCAAUACGAUGGGCGACGGCAAUUGUCUGUUCAGAGCGCUCUCCGACCAAUUCUAUGGCUUUCCGGACUACCAUGCCGUCAUUCGGGAAGAGGUCUGCAACUACCUUGCCGCCAAGCCAGAAAAGUUUGCAGGCUUUCUCGACGUCGAAAAGACUUUUGAGGAUUAUGUGCGCGGCAUGAGGACGAAUGGCACGUAUGGCGGCCACCUCGAGCUUUCGGCGUUUUCGCAAUUGUUUCAGAAAGAGAUUAAGAUCAUGCAGCCUGGCUUGGUGUAUAUCGUCUCGCCAGUAGAUGACAGCGAGGCUCCUAGCGCAUCUGCAGAGCGCGAGCGGCGCGAAGCCGAGCGCCAACGUAUCCAACAAGCGAUCCCCAUCGGCACAGAGACACCUCUACUCUCGGAGCGCGAUGUUCGCAGACGCAGAAGAGAGCGAAAAGCGAGCAAUGUGCCAAAUGGAUCCAUAUCCGAUCUCGGUCUUGAUGCUAGCACGAGUGCGAACCCAUCUGCAUCCACCUCUAAGGCUGUAGAACCUCAACCAAAGGCUGCUGAAGCCUGGGGGCCGCUCUACAUCGCCUACCACAAUUGGGAGCACUACAGUUCAAUUAGGAAUGUGGAUGGCCCGCACAAGGGACUACCUCGGAUCAAAGAGCGACCCGCCAGUAGUGCUUCGCAAGGUGGUCCUAUCCAUGAACCCAACGCCACCUCGGCAGACGCGCCCGAGUCAACUGAUCCGACUUCCGAGGAAGAGCUUCUCAUGCGCAGUACAGAUUCAACCAUGACAGUCACGCGAGCCAGAUUCUACAUUCGACAGCAUGGCAGCUGGGAGAACGCCCUCGAAGCAUGGCAAGCGGCCGCCAUGGCAGAUGCAGCUGAUGCCGAGUUGCAAGCUGCCGGCGAGAUGCUGAUCUCCCCAGCACAAGACUCGUCAGCCACCUGUCUCAGCCCACGCUCGGAUCGAAGCGGAUCGGUCGGAAACGAAGAGGAUGCUGCUCAGAGCAGCAGCGCGGCGAGUGUCGACCUUGCUACUUCUGCAGCUACCACCGUCGCAGAAAGCGACGAUGACGACCCGGAAUAUGAGUCGGACGACAAGGCGCCGCAAAUCAGCGAGCAAGGUCAACGACUUGCGGGCAAGGCGCCAAAACGUGCCGCAAGCAGGGAUCUUGUGAGGGAGCAAGGCAGCGCAAACGUUUCGGGGCGCUCGCGCGUUGCGAAAAAACGCAGUCAAACACCUCCAGCUGACGAUGGUUGGGUCGACACAGUCAGCAGACGUCCAAAACUGCUCGGGAGCAGCAGUCCAAGCGCGGCUUCGGCGGGAAGCGGAUCCGCAAGCGCGACCAGCGUCGGUACUCGCAUUGCGACCUUGAGCGUAUCAGACGAGACGAGCCGACUUCUUGGCUCGGCGAAUCUAGACGAGUCGGUAGCUGCCUCGAUGAAGGCUUCGGGGAAAGAGAGACCCUUGACAGCCAAGCAGAAGCGCGAAGCCGCCCGGCAGAUGCGAGCACAACGCAACGACGCGGCCAACAGAGCGCGCAUGCAGUCUCGAAGAAGAAAGGUAUUGGGAGAGGGCUUCGACAACGCUCAGAAGUUGGCAGAGGGAGAGACGGACGCGGAUUCUGCCAGAGGCUCAGAAAGUGGUAUCGGGCUUCUCGAAGUGCAUAUCUAGCUUGCGCAUCCGCCCUUCCGCAGACACCGCCAUAGCGCUUCAAUCCUCUCCCUCUCUCGAGCUGGUCUUUUUGCAACAUUUGUAUCCAAUAUCUGCGCGCGUGGGCGCGCUUCCAAGCAAGCACAACACAAAGUUAUCUCGGGUCACUAGCCAACAGAGCACGUCCACACCUCGUGCGAGCAUCAACUCCACGCAUUUCAAGUAAUCGAGCUCACGAGACAACCUACAUUACCUCAAUACAUGCUGGGCGUAAAAGAGCACCAUCAGCCAGCGGCGCGAAUCAUAGACCAGGGCUGCGAAUAGCGUGCCAAGCGAGUGAUCUGAAGAAAGCGCAUCGAUUUGGCCGGCGUGCGCGCUCCUCUAAGUCAUGUUGAGCUUGCUGUAAGCCGGAGGAGCAAGUUGGUUCCUGACCACCUUGAUGAGGAACAAUGGCAAGGCGCUGACGGCUAUGAUGACUGCCGUUUUCCAAAAGAAGGGGGCAGAC